AUGGCGUCUCGUGGUGCUUCCAUGGACGCACUGUCAAAUGUUCACUUGGAGUCUCGUGGUGUCUUCCAUGGAGGUCACUGUCAUGAUGUUCACUUGGAGUCUCGUGGUGUCUUCCAUGGAGCUGAGGAUUGUGUGAAGAUGCUUCUUAAUAACGCUGGUGUUGACCUUAACUCUAGGAAUGAUCAAGGUCAGACACCAUUACAUUAUGCUGCCUUGAUUAACCACACUGGAAUUAUGGAACUGUUAUUACAUGAUGAACGUUGUGAUCACAAUGCAGAAGACAAUGAUCAUAAUACUGCAUUUCACUAUGCAGCCAGAGCUGAAGGUGUUGAGGCAGCUCAGUGCCUGCUCAAGUUUGGCCUCAACCCUGAUGUCAAAAAUGUACUGGGACAAACACCUUUGGAGUGUGCUAGGCUGCAAGGUCGACACAUUGUGUUGUGGUGGCUGAGGAAGCUACAACGCACCAACGUACCUGCUGAAACAUCCACUACCAACAUAAUGGUAAGUUUACUUGAGAAAAUAUUGAAAAUAUUUUGGUGCAAAUCUGUCGCUUUAGUGCUUGACCUCUUGUUGUCAGUGACAGUUAAUUUUAGAAGGAUUCAGGAGUAA